AGACAGAGCUGGCCGCCUCUCCACACCGCUCAGUGCCCUUUCUUCGCGCCGCCGGGUCCGAGCCGAGCGUGGCUGCGUGAGGCUGGCUGCCGCCUUGCAUUCGUCCCAGCCCGCCGAGAGGCUGUGCGCGGCCAUGGAGACGUAGAAGCAGCAGCAGCAGCAGCGCCGCCGCCGCCGCCGCCACCACACCCACCCCAGCCGGGCUCCCCGCGGAAGAUGGAGUUGGGGGGCGCCCCCGUGGGCGGUUUUCCCUGCCCGGAGAUGCUGCAAGUGGCCGAGGAGGCUUUCCGAGGCGGGCAGUUCGCCCUGGCGGCCGAGAUCCUCAGCUCGCAGCUUGCCGAGCUGCCGCAGCCCGAGCGAGGCCUCUGCCUGCGCCACGGGGAUGCUUUGGCCCGCGCGGGGCGCACGGCCGAGGCUCUGGAGUCCUACAGCGCUGCCGCUCGGCUGGCCCGGCUGCGGCCCGAGGAGCUGCGGGAACUGGCCGAGAGCUUCGCCCUCACCCUCCGCGAGAAGGAGCUGCGGCUCCCCCCGUGGCCGGGGCCCGGAGGGGGCGGCGGCGAGGGGGCCGGGGACCCGCCCGGGGAGCCCACCUGCUGCCGCCCGCCCGAGCUCUUGGGCUGCCCUUCGUGCCGGCGACUGCUCUGCGAGCCGGUGACUUUGCACUGCGGGCACACCCACUGCAAGCGCUGCGCUCUGGACGGCGGAGGGGAGUGCGCCCGGUGCGCUGCCCAGCGGUCGGCCCCGGGCUCCGGCACGCCGGCGGCGCAGCCUCCCGCUUGCCUCCGCGUCAACGUGGUCCUGGGCAGCCUGCUGGAGAAGUGGUUCCCGGACGAGAGCAGGGCGCGCCGGCUGUGCACCGAAGGCGACGCGUUGUGGGAGAGGCAAGAGCCGGCGGCUGCGCUGCAGAAGUACAACCAGGCCCUGCAACUCGCUUCCUGUAAAUGUUUAUUAAUAGCACAACGAGCAGAACUCUGUAUAGCUAUGAAGAAUUAUCAGCAAGCCCUUUACGAUGCAGAAGCCCUCUGCCGAAAUAAACCCCACUGGCCUAAGGGUCAUUAUGUGAAAGCAAAAGCUCUUUCUGGAUUAGGAAGGAUUGAAGAAGCAUUGAAGGAGUUUCUUUAUUGUGUUGCCUUAAAUCCUGAAUGGAGCUCAAUGAAGAUGGAAGCCCAAAAGAUCAUGUGUGAGAUGUUUUUUCCGGCCUUUGAAAAUGUGCAAGAUACUCUAACAACUCCUUUUUGCAAUCGGACCUCUUAUACAAGGUUGAAGCCUGCAUUUCUAAGUAGCAUAAAUACCCAGUCUUCUGUAGAGGAUGGGCUAACUGAAGAGAGCUCAAAGGAGACUAUCUUGAAGUUAAAAAAUCCGUCCCAAGAGACUGAUGUAUUUCGAAAUACUGAUUCUUCUGUUUCCCACCACAUACUGGAUUUGUAUUUUGAAGACAAAAAAACUUUGGGAACAGUCCUCUCAAAUCUACCUAGUGCAAGCUUAAAAAGAAAACUUUCUAGUGAUGCAGCAGAUGUCCCUAGCAAAAUUCCUAGAAAAGAUGGGACUACCACCUGUGCAAACUCUACCACUCUUCCCUUAAAAGUGAUACCUGCGAACCUUGUGGAUGCAUCUGACUUUGAGUGUUCCCUCUGUAUGAGGUUAUUUUAUGAGCCCGUCGCUACUCGUUGCGGACACACUUUCUGCCUCAAAUGCCUUGAACGUUGUAUGGACCAUAAUCCUCACUGUCCACUAUGUAAGGAAGAGCUCUCUGAAUUUUUGGCAAGUAGAACUUAUAAAAAAACCAUCCUUACCGAAGAGUUAAUAGUUCGCUAUUUGCCGGAAGAGUUAUCAGAAAGGAAGAAAGUUUAUGAAGAAGAAAUGAAGGAAUUAUCAAAUUUGAAUAAAGAUGUUCCUAUCUUUGUGUGCACCAUGGCUUUCCCUACCAUCCCCUGCCCUCUUCACGUUUUUGAACCUCGCUAUCGGUUAAUGAUAAGAAGAUGCAUGGAAACUGGAACCAAGCAGUUCGGCAUGUGUUUAGCGGAUGAGUUGAAAGGGUUUGCCGAUUAUGGCUGCAUGCUAGAGGUCAGGGAUGUGAAGUUUUUCCCCGAUGGCCGCUCAGUUGUUGAUACAGUUGGCGUUCGGCGUUUCAGAGUCUUAAGCCAUGGUCAACGAGAUGGGUACAAUACUGCAAACAUUGAAUACCUGGAAGAUAAAAAGGUUGAAGGAGCAGAGUAUGAAGAACUUGUCCGCCUUCAUGAUUCUGUGUAUGAUCAAGCUGUUGCAUGGUUUACUUCUCUUAAGGACAACAUGAAAGCGCAAAUUUUAAAUCAUUUUGGAUCAAUGCCAGGGAAAGAACCCGAGCCACAGAGCAGUCCCAGUGGCCCGGCUUGGUCUUGGUGGUUGUUAGCAGUAUUGCCGCUAGAGAACAGGGCCCAGUUGGCCAUUCUUGCUAUGACUUCACUGAAAGACCGGCUUAUUGCUAUACGACGUGUAUUAAUAUUUGUGAUGCGCAAAAGACCCAGAUGACAUCGCCUUAUUUGUGACUGGACAAUGCAACCUACUUGUUGCGAACACUAGUUUAAAUGAAAGAAAUAGGAGACAAUAAUUAUUCCUACUAAUGAUACUGAUCUGCUCAUCUUGGCAUUCACCAUUCUUUGCACUCUCUGUCCAGUAGUUACUCAAGCACUCAGUGCCUAUUGUCCUGAAGAAAUCUGAGCCUCUUGGAAGUUUUGCCACAAUUAAAACAUAUCUAACAGUGGUUGUAGGCAACAGCUUCAUAAUAGCCCAACUGUCUAUUUGUCAUAGUGAGACAAUCAGUUUAGGAGCCCUACAUUGUCACCAAAGCCCUAGAUGUGGUUUUAACUUAGUAGCAAUGAGACAAACUCAGAACAGUAGAUUAGGAACUAGGAAAUGAAUUAUUAGAAUAUGCCUGUUAGAAAACUGAAGGGAAAUUCCUCAAACUGAAGGAAGAAUGGAGAAAAGACAAUGGCAGUUGAAUGAACAGGACAAUCUUUGCACCCUGUUGUCAAAACGAUUGCUGUAUGAAGCGAACCGGGUUUUCCUGGUCAAGAUGUUCCUUCAGAGGAUUUGUCUGUCCUGAAAAGCAGCUGCUGAACAGCACUGUUGGUGGUAGAAUAAGUUAAUCCCUUGUGUUUUGUAAUUUGCAUGCUGUGUGUAAUGAGAAGAAUGUUUAAACAUAUAUAUAUAUAUAUAUAUAGAGAGAGAGAGAGGAAGGUAUCCCCCUCCAAGAAAUAUUAGAAGAAGCUCAGACAGCCUAUAUUUCAAAACGGAAAAAAAUACCUAGAGUCUACCCAGUACCCAAUGGUUACACCCAGGGCUCUGUGCAUGUGAGAAUCCUGUUGCCUACUAUAGUAUAUGGAAUUUCCUGAGUGUACAGGAUGAUUUCUCUACCACUGUACUACUUAAGCAUAUCAGGCUGUAAUGGCUGGAUCAUAGCCAGUUUUUAGCUUAUAUAUACUUUGUUUUGGGCUGUUCUGUGGUUAACUUAUGAAAAGGCUGUUGAGAAAUAGAAUUUGCUACUUCAAGUUCUCUUACAUGUUCAUUCAAGGCAAGCAAGAUUCAGUUUACCUGUGCAUACAACUGCCAGACCAGCCUAUUUUACUGGAACAAUGUUAGCACAUUUUUUUGAAACCAAAACUUUAAUAUUCCUCUUUUUGUACCGACUACUGUCUGUGCUUGAAGUAUUUUUGCCCAUGGUGACAACAUGAAAGGAGGCACAAUUGAACCCUGUAAAGGCAAAACUCAAUGCAAGCUUAAACCAGGUGUUACCUUCAAAUUGUUGUUGGUUUUGUAAAUAUGUUCGUACUUUGAUGUCUUAGUACCUAUUGUUGAGGACUUCUAAAAAUGGUCAAACAACCCACUGGAAAGAAAAUUUUAGCAGGGGUGAAAUAACAAAACAAUGCAAGCAGCAGAGGUCUUUAAGCUGUGGAAAUUGUAUUCUCGGGAGUCCUCUCUCUUGGGAGACACAAUGGCUCAGAUCUCACCAUGCUGUACAAAUGGAAGGCAAAGUUAAACAUUGGCUUGUGCAAAUAAUUUGGCAAGGUGAAAACAGUGGCAAUACCAAAAUAUUUUAAAAGUGCCUCCUUUUUAAAUUAUAAAAAUAAAGUUCUCUUUAGACAAAGGUAGUAAACACUUGCACACGAGUUCAGGAAGAAAUAUUUAAACAUUGUUUAACUGUAUUCUUGAGUAUUGUAAUUGUAGCCUGAGUGAUAUUAGAUAAUUGGCAAAAGUAUCUAGUCAGAAACUGCCAAUAGUGAUUUCCUCAGAACUGAUCAACACAUUCUGAAUGUACUGUAGUUGCCUCUACCUUGAAUUAGCCUUUUGUAGUUAAGUAACAACCUCUGACUACUCUUUUAAUUGUAAACUGUGUAACUUGCAACCAAUGAUCUAAUAAUCUCUACCAUAGCCUUCCUGCAAGUUCUGCUACCUUUUCCAGAGUUUGUAGAGAUGGAGUUGGUGUUUUUGUUUUUUGAAGUAUUUUUAGCAAGCAUAAAAGCCAGAAAAAGGGAGGUCUUAGGGUGUAUUCCCUUAUAUCCAUUCCCUAGGUGCUAUCAUAUGUUCCCCACCACUGCUGUCUUCCAGUUAAUCCACUGGACUUCACAAAGCUUCCAAAGUUAACUGAGCAUGCCCUUGUUAAUUUUUGGCAGGGAACUUAGACCAGCUGCAAAGACUUUUCACAAUGCUUUUUGAUUGUUUCAAACAUUUUUUUGCCACUUCCAGAUAUAACUCAAGCCUUUUUUCCACCCUGGCUGUCUUAUUUUUUUCUGUCAGUUGGUGAAAUAACAAAGGAAUGGUAUAUAACUAAACAGCUAUUUUGUUCGAGUAAUUUAUUAGUUCAGCAUUUUCCAGUCUCCGAGAUUCUAUCCCCUACAGUCUCCUUGAAGAGUCCUGGCUGUUUAGGGUGAAACAAUUUUUUUUUGGACAAUCUUCAGCAUGGUACCAGUCCUUAAAAUUAAGAUCAGGUUGUCUACUUCUUAAUGAUUAAACUGUAAAGUGAGCAGAUGUCUUAAUGUAAGGUACAUUAUGAAAGCGUUUCUCUCUUAGGCUAAUUUGUCUGGCAGUUUGGGAGAACUGAGGUGAGUAGGUGUCUUGCAGUCCAAAAAGCUUUUCAGAAAAUCAUGCAGGGCAUAAUAUUAUGUUGAUUAUGGCAAGGUGGUGAAGGCAUUCCAGCCUCCCUUAUUUGAAUCAAACAUGCAUAAACUUGUUUUCCUUCACAGGCCAGUUCUAAGGCUUCCAAAUAAGAGGUUUGUUUGAAGUUCAGUCAUCUUCUUUUGAACUUCACGAAUCUAUACCAGUUGUUUGGUACUGAGGCCUUUUAUCAACUGCUUCUAACUGUCUUUUCUUCUUUUCAAUCACGGAGAUUGUUUUGUGACUUCACCGAGGUGAUAAUCAGCAGAUUACUGCUUCUCCUUCAACUUGGGCUGCAGUUAAUUUCCAAAACAAAAUAAAUGGCAGAGGCUUAU